ACAUCCAAUGAAAUCCGUCGUGGUCUUGCUGCUACCAGCUGCUACCAUAGCAGACAAUUUGCCAAAGCCUCUGAACUUCACCCAGCUGUGUGGACAGUCAUUCCCACACAAUGUCGUCUCGUGCAUUAAGGAGACUCAAAGGCAAACAGAGGGGACAGGAGGAACUAAACAUUGAAGAUCUGAAACUGAGCGAAGAGCAAGCGGCAGAUGUACAAGAGGAGGAGGAGGAGGAGGCGCAGGAGGAAGCUGUGUUACAGCCAGCUAAGAAGAGUAACAACCGGAAAGCUAAGAAAAACAAAGCUCAGAAAAACAUUAGCAAUAUAUAUGAACUGAUUGGCGAUGCUGAAAACGAGGUUGAGAAAGGAUUGACGGAUGAAGAUAGUGGGGUGAAACAAAAUGCAGACCCAGACGUCACCAAAGACGAUGAAGAAGAAACUGACAGACCGCUCGCUGAAUCCAACAACAGCGAGGUUACUAAAAAGAAAAAGAAGAAAAAGAAAAAGAAGAAAGGCCCAGCAGCCGAUGCUCAGGAGGAGGGAGCAGGAGAUGACAUCGAUGCCAUACUGGAGACCAUGGAGAAGACCAACGGGCUCUCCCAUCAGUCUGAUGAUGGUGUCAUGUUUGACAGCAGGCCGGUGUUGUACGUGGAACACAGAAAUCUCAAUCCGGAAACGGAGCUGAAAAGAUAUUUUGGAGCAAGAGCUGUCCUGGGAGACCAAAGACCCAGACAGAGACAAAGGCAGUACCAUCGAAGUACCUGGAUGUCUUUCCCUAAAGACACCUGGCCACGUUUCAGCAAACCAGGAAUAUGCAUGAGUCUUCUGGAGACUAGAAAUGGCCUACAUUACUUCACCUUUGAGCACAACCGAGACUACCAGCAGAUUCAGUUCAAAUUUCUGGAUGCUGUUGAGUCCAUGGAACCCAAUAACAUUGUGGCCCUGCUGCAAUUGAACCCGUACCACAUCGACUCACUGCUGCAGCUGUCUGAUGUCUGUCGUAUCCAGGAGGACCAGGAGAUGGCACGGGAUCUUAUUGAGCGGGCUCUCUACAGUUUUGAGUGUGCUUUCCAUCCUGUGUUCAGCCUUACAUCUGGAGUCAGCCGGCUUGACUACUUAAGACCAGAGAACAGGGCCUUCUACUUGGCGCUCUACAAGCACAUGAUGUUCCUGGAGAAGAGAGGUUGCCCCCGGACUGCUCUGGAAUACUGUAAACUCAUACUGAGCCUGGAUCCCGAUAACGACCCCCUGUGCAUGCUGCUCCUCAUUGACUUCCUGUGCCUCCGCUGCCGCGAGUACAGCCCCCUCAUCAGACUCUACGAGGAGUGGGAGGUCCACCGUAACCUGUCUCAGCUGCCCAACUUUGCCUUCUCGGUGGCCCUCAGCUAUUUCCACCUGAGCACGCAGGAGGAGUGCAGCAACGAGGACGAGGCCACCCGACGCAGACACAAGAGUGACAGACUGCUACAGGAGGCGCUCAUCAUGUUCCCUGGUGUGCUGAUUCCUCUGCUGGACCUCUUAUCAGUCCAGCCGGAUGCUGCAGUUGCCUCACAUGCCUUUUUUGGCCAUAAAAGUCAGAUGGGUCAGUCUCCUGCGUUGGCUCAGCUGGUGUCUCUGUAUGUGGGCCGUAGCCACCUGCUGUGGAAGGAGGGAGGCGUGCUUGUGUGGCUGGAGGAUAACGUCAGGGAGGUGCUGCGCAGGGUGGACUCCCAGGAUCCCCUGGUGGAGGACUGCAACAACAAGAGAAAGUCAAGGUACCAGAGUGCCCCCAGGAACAUCUACCGGCACGUUAUCUUGUCGGAGAUAAAGGAGGCCACAGCUUCUCUCCCUCCGGAAGUGACCUCACAACCAGUGAUGGGCUUCGACCCCCUUCCCCCCCUGGACUCAGUUGUGUCCUACAACCGACCCGAGAGGCAAAAUGGUGGAGCUACAAAUGAGAGCACCUUUUCCCUCUUCUUCCGUUCCCUAUUGCCAAACUUCAAUCUUCAGGGUGACGUGAGGCCCGAGGGAGAGAACCAGGAAGUGGCCCGAGCGGGCCGGGAGCUGAACCAGGAACUGAAUCGGCUAAUGGUGGCCAUGAGGGACAUGCUGGCCAACAUCCAGUUCCAGGAGCCGCCCCGGGAAGACAACCCAGAGCUGAGGGACGAGGACGAGUGGGACUAAAACAUGGGACAUGAGGGACGGACGGAGGGGGACAGGAUUUGAGGAGAGAAGAGACAGGAAGGAAGUGAGAGAAGAGGACUGCUGUGCUGUGUCCCUGUAUGGAGGAAUAAGAGUCUGCCUUUGCAUUCUCAGCUGACCGGAGGUAAUGGAAGAGGCCAGAUAAGGCAGUGGAGAGUGACUGACCUGAGCAGUGGGGUCAGAUCACUAUUGGAUACUGUUGAACUCUGAAGAAAAAUGGCAUUGACAACACAUAAUGCAGGGAUUUGGUUUGCAGUAGCUGUGGCAUUGGUAAACUGCUCCAACAUAGCCAGGUUUCGUCACCCACCACCACUUCCUCUGCAGAUUGCAGCGUUUUGCCCCUCUGCUUAUGCUCACCACCACACGCUCAUGCUCUGUCCCUCUACCCAUAUGCUGAUCACAAGCCGAGGGAGGUAGUCGGAUCAUCCAGCUCUCCUGCUAUGUCAAGAACUCUUGUGUGGAAUUCACAUACCGUUAUGUACAUCGAGGGUGAAUUUGUUGUUUGGCUUCCUGCUACUAAGUUUUUUUUUUAAUGAUCGAAAAGCUUUCAAUGAGUUGACACUACAAUCUGCUAUGAAUCAAGCUCCAUAUACCGUUUCCAUUGCUGAUACUUUGUGCCACAUCCAUAAACCUUCAUCUUGCACCACUAUGAUCACAAAAUGUCACUUGAUGACCGUCAUCACCCAAGUAACAUUAUUAUUUAAGACACGUGUGCUUUUCAGUGCUCUUCCACACACUUUCAUGAUCCCUCAUUAAGGUGAAUACAUUGACGGUAGGAAUUGUUGUAUGAUCUCCCCCCCCCCCCCAGUCGUAUAAUUUCCUAUCCUCUGUGCUCAGGCAGUAACAUUGUCAAUAAUGGUGUUAAUGCAACCAGUGCAAUGAAAAUAAAUAUUUUAUUCUUCACAUCA